GCGGCCGUUGCAAUGCAUUAGGACUAGCAGAAGUUUUACCUUCUGUUGUACUGUAAGACCACUCAGAAUACUGUCUAAUCUUCACCACAUAAAAGAAUACCCAGGAAAAUUUUGCGGAGAAAGAAAUCGUGUUCUUUUAUAGAAAAUGAAUUCGCUUUUACCCAAAGUUCGUCGUGCCCACAUGCUUGGAAAUCAGUUGCGCGGUCACAUCUCUAACAGUCUUCAUGAUAAAUUCUUGUCUGUGGCUUUUCUGGGUUAUUUCCCCGAAAGCUAUCUCUUCCACACAUCUGGAUUAUAUGAAGCUCGUCCAAGUAAUAAGAAAGCCGAGAGAACAGAGAAAUCUAGAGAAACUUCUGGCAAGCUUCUGGAGAAGUUACGAAAGACACGCCUUGAGGGACUAGUAAACCCUGAGCCUGUGUCCACACCUGAAGAGAAACUCACCAAGCGAAUUAGGAAGAUACAGUCCAUCAAGGGGCUUUUGCAGUUUUACUGGUUCAGAGUGAAUAAAAAGCGAGAACUGACUCCUCUCCAUAAAUUCACAAUUCUUGAAUGUAUCGUGGUGUAUUUCUCGAAAAGCGUUCAGAUGAGAGAUGUGUUUUUGACUCAGCCUCUCCAACAGAGUUUGUUUGAGAUGCUGGCGCAAGACGUCAGGGUACACCUUAAUGACUUUGAUGCGAAUCAGAUAUACAACGUUGUAAUUUACAUGGCUAAAUUGUGUGUUAAAGAUCCUUCUAUCUACGCGGAUCUCGAAAGGGGAAUUUUGUACCACAAACUCAGAGGAUACUCUAACAAACAGCUGUCUCAGCUAGGCUGGGCAUUCGCAAAAUACUGUUUGCAUACAAAUGUUGUUGAAAUAUUCCAUGCCUUAGAUAAGGAGAUUUUCUCAAGAGACAUAUCAAAAUUUUCAUCUGAAGAACUGUGCACUAUAGCUUGGUCGUUUUCUGAGUUUGGCUUUCCCAAAGAUAGGCAAUUUUACAAGGCGAUUGGUAGUGAGAUUUUAACUCGAGAUCUCAGCCAAUUUAAGCCAUGGACUCUGGCAUCUCUGUCACUUUCUUACUCUAGAGCAGAUGCUUUUGUAGCUGAAGUGUUUGAAGUGGUUGAAGAAGAGCUGUUACAGCGUGAUGAUCUCAAAUCCUUUGCAACAAAUGAUUUGGUUAUCCUUGUGUUGGCAUUUGGUAGAGUUGGAAAGCUCCAUCCUGAAUUGUUCCAAAAGUUUGAAGUUACAAUGGUGAAAAGAAGAGACUAUGCUGAGACAGUUGUGAGGGAGUAUUUGCAAGAAACUUACCAUCUGUUAAAGAAAAGUGAGUUUCAUCUAGCAGUUGUGGUCAAAAUGAUGGAGCGUGUAUUAGACCCAGAUGUGUGUAAUUCUUUAUUUGAUAUUCUGUUUCGCCCUCGUAGAUCUUGGAAAGAAAAGGUUCUUCACCAGUACCUUUUUAAAGCUUACUAGGCAGUCAAAACAUAGCAUACAUAAAGAAUUAUCUGUCUUUGAAAGAUUGCCACCCUUCCAUAAUUCUGUGAGACCAUCAGCAAGCCAGCCAGUCAGUCUGUCUGUUAGUCAGACUGUCUGUCAGUCGCACUGAGUUGAUUGUCAGUUAGAAGAAGGGAAGGGUAGAUUAAGAUCACAGGCUGACUUUUUAAAAUAUUUCAACAUGUUUUAUAUGUUUACCACUUAAAAUGCUAGCCUUUUAAAUUUUUCUGUUGUAAAGUCUCUAAUUGUUAGUGAGUGAAUGAGUGAAUCAACCAGUCAAUCUGUCAAAGAAAUGUCUUUUUCUCCCAUGAAAACUGCCAAUGAGUGUCCUGUGUAGAAAUGUCUUGUUCUUAU